UCUACUGUAUAUUUAUAAGCAUGCAAACACACACACACGACACGGCACGGGGGACGGAAAUUGGGGUUGUGGGGGUGAAAUCGGGUCUGGGGGACGCGCUUGGUUUGCGUGGGCCGGCCCUGAGGCCUAGGCGCUGCUGCGUGGCGCGCAGGGCGUACGCUGUCGCCAGCGAGAUGAACGCACUGUGCGUGUACUUUUUUUUUGGGGGUCGGGCGGAGGUUUCCACGUUUUCCUUUUCUUCCUUUUUUCUUCCUUUUUCCUCUUGUCUGUUUGCCUUCCGCCGCUCCCUGCCUGCCGUGCAGCCGCGCUCCGAGUGUGUUAUGCCGUCGAGCCCCAGCGGGGAGAAGCCGUCGGCCGCGGCGGUGAAGCGCGCGCGCAGUCGCUCCCCGCCCGCGACGCCGCCGGAGAAACGCGCCCGGCGCUCCACGCGCAGCCGGACACCGACGCCGCCCUCCCGUUCGCUGACGUCGCCGCCUCCGCCGACCGAUGACGCCGCCGCCGCCCUCGCGACUGCCCCACCGCCUCCGGGCGCCGCAGCGCCGCGGACGGAGCAGAGCAUUUGGAGCCAAGUGGAGCCGUUUCAGCGCCGCACGGCGCCGCAGGACUUCGACGGGGCGCAGAUGCUGAAGUUCAUCACGUGGAACGUCGCCGGCCUGCGUGGGCUGCUGCGGAAGGACGCCCAGGCCAUUCGGCGCCUGCUCGAGGCGGAGCAGCCAGACGCGUUGUGCCUGCAGGAGACGAAGCUGAACCCGGAGGACCCGCAGAACGCCAAGCUGGGCGAGGUGGCCGGGUACCGCUUCGUCGACCACGCCUGUCGCGCCAAGAAGGGCUACGCAGGCACCCGCACUUACGUCAAGGACGCGGCGGCCGCGGAGUGGAGGACGGUCAGCGUGAAGGGGUUCGCCACCCUGAGCACCCCGCGCAACGUCGGCCACAGCGACGGCGACGAUGAGGGACGCGUGCUCACGACGUACUUUGGCACGCACGGCAAGGGCGGCUGCGCGUUUGCGCUGGCGCUGGUAAACACGUACAUCCCCAACAGCGGCAUGGCGCUGGAGCGCCUUCCGUACCGCUGCCAGACGUUUGAUGUGAAGAUGCGCCAGCACCUCUGCGGCUUGGGCCGCUCCUGCAAACCCGCCGCUCCGGCGGACGGCGCCCCGCCACUUGCAGGGUUCAUUUGGGCCGGCGACCUUAAUGUCGCCGAGCGCGACUACGACCGCUACUACGCCGGCACCUUCCAAACAAUGCAGAAAUGCAGCGGUUUCACUCCCGAGGAGCGAGCCUCGUUCCGACAGACGCUGCGGGUGGCGAAUGCGGUGGACACCUUCCGCGCCCUCUACCCGCGGGCGGCGCCGGUGUACACCUUCUGGUCCGCGCGCAUCAACGGCCGGGCCCGCGGGCUUGGCUGGCGGCUGGACUACUUCGUCGUCUCCGCCGCGCUGGCGCAGCGCGUCGUGGACUGCUUCACGAUGCCGCAGGUGAUGGGGAGCGACCAUUGCCCGGUGCAGAUGUGGCUGCGGCGGUGA